GAGCCGUCUCGGUUCUCCAAACUUGCACCAAACUCCGGGCCCCCGCCUCCCUCCCUCCCCCCAACACACAAAACACAACAAGCUCGGGAGAAGCCUCGGAGCAGAGCAGUCGGGGAGACGAACACGGCAGCCUCCGCUCGGGCCAGGCUGAUGCAACUUUCCCUUUAAGAAAUCCACCUGGACAGCCGCGGCCGGCGGGUCUCGGGGCUCGAGCGAGGAGGGACAAGGACGAAGGACCAUGCUCUUGAAGCCAGUGGCCUAAACAGAGCUGGACCCCAAGACUGAAUAGAGCUGGACCCCAAGACCAGGAGUGCUGCCCGGGACUCCAGAGGCCCACACCCACGGCAGCCUGACUCUCUGGGGCCGCCAUGGCCAAGAAUGUCAAAGGGAUGCAGAAUGGUGCCGUCCCCAGUGAGGUGGCCAAACGGGACAAGAACCUCAAACGGGGCAACUGGGGCAACCAGAUUGAGUUUGUGCUGACCAGUGUGGGCUAUGCCGUGGGGCUGGGCAACGUCUGGAGGUUCCCUUAUCUCUGCUACCGCAACGGGGGAGGUGCUUUCAUGUUCCCCUACUUCAUCAUGCUGGUGUUUUGUGGGAUCCCGCUUUUCUUCAUGGAGCUCUCCUUUGGGCAGUUUGCCAGCCAGGGCUGCCUGGGGGUCUGGAGGAUAAGCCCUAUGUUUAAAGGUGUGGGCUACGGCAUGAUGGUCGUGUCCACCUACAUCGGGAUCUACUACAACGUGGUCAUCUGCAUCGCCUUCUACUACUUCUUCUCCUCCAUGACCCCCGUGCUCCCCUGGGCCUUCUGCAACAACCCCUGGAACACGCGGGACUGCGCCGGGGUCCUCGACGCCGCCAACUUCACCAACGGCUCGGACCCAGCCCACGGGCCCCUCAACCUCUCCCAUCUGCUCAACCACACCCUGACGAGGACCAGCCCCAGUGAGGAGUACUGGCGGCGCUACGUGCUGAAGCUGUCAGACGACAUUGGUAACUUUGGGGAGGUGCGGCUCCCCUUGCUCGGGUGCCUCGGAGUCUCCUGGGUGGUCGUCUUCCUCUGUCUCAUCCGCGGUGUCAAGUCCUCAGGGAAAGUGGUCUACUUCACAGCCACAUUUCCCUACGUGGUGCUGACCAUUCUCUUUGUUCGGGGGGUCACCUUGGAAGGCGCCUUCACAGGUAUUAUGUACUAUCUGACACCACAGUGGGACAAGAUCCUGGAGGCCAAGGUGUGGGGGGAUGCUGCCUCCCAGAUUUUCUACUCCCUGGGCUGCGCUUGGGGGGGUCUCAUUACCAUGGCUUCCUACAACAAGUUCCAUAACAACUGCUACAGAGACAGCAUCAUUAUCAGCAUCACAAACUGCGCCACCAGCGUCUACGCGGGCUUUGUCAUCUUCUCCAUCCUCGGCUUCAUGGCAAACCACUUGGGCGUGGACGUGUCCCGAGUGGCUGACCACGGCCCCGGCUUGGCCUUUGUGGCCUACCCAGAAGCCCUCACUCUGCUGCCCAUCUCGCCCCUCUGGUCUCUGCUGUUCUUCUUCAUGCUCAUCCUGCUGGGCCUGGGUACUCAGUUCUGCCUUCUGGAGACUUUAGUGACAGCGGUUGUGGAUGAAGUGGGGAACGAAUGGAUCUUGAAGAAGAAAACCUACGUCACUUUGGCCGUGGCCAUCGCUGGGUUCCUGCUAGGGGUCCCCUUGACCAGCCAGGCGGGCAUCUACUGGCUCCUGCUGAUGGACAACUAUGCCGCCAGCUUCUCCUUGGUCGUUAUUUCCUGCAUCAUGUGUGUGACCAUCAUGUACAUCUAUGGACACCGGAACUACUUCCAGGACAUCCAGAUGAUGCUGGGCUUCCCACCCCCCCUCUUCUUCCAGAUGUGUUGGCGUUUUGUCUCCCCAGCUAUUAUUUUCUUCAUCCUCAUCUUCACGGUGAUCCAGUACCGCCCAAUUACCUACAACCAGUACCAGUACCCAGGCUGGGCAGUGGCCAUUGGCUUCCUCAUGGCGCUCUCCUCGGUCAUCUGCAUCCCCCUCUACGCCCUGUUCCAGCUCUGCCGCGUGGAUGGGGACACUUUUCUACAGCGUUUGAAAAAUGCCACGACGCCCAGCAGGGACUGGGGCCCCGCCCUCCCCGAGCAUCGGACGGGCCGCUACGCCCCCGCCACCGGCAUCUCCCCCGAGGACGGGCUGGAGGUUCAGCCCCUGCACCCAGACAAGGCCCACAACUUGCUCCGAGGCAGCAACGGCUCCGCCCACCCCCAGGACUCCCGGAUAUAAGCACUGCUGCAGGAGACUGACCCCAUCCAAACCCUUCCCUCCCCACCCUCCAGAGACUGCCCCACGCAGGAGGCAGCGAGCCUCUCGCCCGCUGCCGCCACCACCACCGCUAACCCCUGUGCCCUUUGAGUCUCUCAUCCUGUGUCUCCCCCUGCCCCUUCCCCCAGUGUUUACAAGUCCCUUUUAUGUGCCAGGACCAGGAGGGGGCAGAGGUCAGGGGCCACUCUCUCCCUCCACCCCAGAUCUGACCACACGGCGGGAUGUGGGGCCUAGCUGAGGAUGGCUGGGGGAGGGUGGCAGUGAGGAAGGAGGGGUACAGCCUGAGGAGGCGGGAUAGUGGGCGUCCUUUUGCUGCUGUUGGGGGGACAGGAGAGCCCGAGCUCCCUGUCACCCGGUACCCGGGGCUUUCGGCCAGCUCUUGGCCUAGGAAAGUUGGGGAGGAGCUCGGAGGCCAUUGAGUGCCACCUGGAAACCACAACAAGACCUGGAGAGGGCCACCUUGCCCUUCAGUACCAGGGAAGGGCAAAACUUCAAACCAGAGGCCUGUCCGGCCCUGCGGGACCAGCCCCCUUCCUGCAGUCUGCUGCUCUCGACCCUCCCCAGAAAGGGCAGGUGCCCAACCUAGGCUCUGAGAGCCAGGAGGGGGGCCAUCUUCCUGUGCCCAGCAUGCAGCCGGCUGCCACCCUGGUCUCAGAUGGUGCCAGGCUGGCACACCCUUCCCAAGGAUGCCAAACUCCGUCCCUUAAGAUGUAAUGUGAUACUCCACGCUGUUCCGACUCUACCUGCCGAGUUUAGGGGGAGAUGGAGGGAAGAAGCCUGGGGGACUGCCUCGCCCUGGCCCUGCCGGCCCACCUCCAGGCCGUAGGAGUCCAGCAGUGUUACCCGUGCCUCCGGCCACUGCCCUUUAUUUAGCAUUAGCGCCCCUGUGUGGGGUGGGGGGGCAAUAUCUGUGGGCUCCUUUCUUGUGUCCAAAUUGUGUGUAUUUGUGGUUGCCUCCCCAGGCCCAGUUUGUCUUCCAGGCUCGUCCCACCAUCCCAUGGGCCUCUGGGAAUGCUCCUUUCCCUGCCCUUCUACCCUCCGCCCUGGUCCCGAGCCCCUUGGAGUGUGGGCUGUGGAAGGCUCCGCCCCAGGGGUGCCCAGGAAAGUGUCAAGUGAUGGUGCCAAACGGGCCUGCCCGGGGCUGGAGGGCAAGCCCCAGUGCCCGCCCAGCCCGCCUGUCUUCCUUGGCCUGCACACUGGCCCUGUCCUCGGUCCCCCUGAUGUGUGUCUCCUCUAAUUCCCUUUGGCCACAAGGGUGGGGCUCAGCCCCGGCCCAGCCUGGCCGGUGCACUGCUAGGGUUUAAUGAAAUUUUUAUUCCUGA